GUCGAUAUUGUGCAUGCCUCUUCCUCGUCUUCCCGAAGGCCCAACAUCAUAGUCACAAAAGAAAAAGGCCCAACAGCAUCAGGCAGCGCCGACUACCAGGCGCGCCGCUGCGCCGCCGCUAGCCACCUCCACGCGAAGACGACGGGCCGCCGGCAGCUACAGACUCGCCUAGACCCUCCUAACCCCGAUCUCCGUCGCCAAUGCCCUGCAACCGCCCUCAGCUCCAGCCGUCCAAGCUCCAGCCGGCCGGCAGCAACUGAGCUGCCCCCGCAGGGCGCCCCACGACUCCGACGCGGCUCUAGUGCAUCCACAAAAGCUCCCCCUAUCCGGCUGGCCGCUAGCCCCUGCCCCUGCCCCUGCCCCUGCCCCCUGGUGAAUCAAAAGUUCAGGCAUGAAGAACAACAUAUAUUUUCAUUUACGCAAGUUUUGAAUCUAAGGCGUACCCUAGGUUCAAAUCCUAGGUCCACCGCUGGAGCCACACCUCCUCCUUAUCCACCAGCAGGAAGACGCCUGGAUCAGGCCAGUACAAAGCCUUACCUGCUGCACCACUGACAGCCCUGUAUUCGCCUCACCAACGCGUCGUCUGGACACCGAGCAGCCACAGUGAAAGGUGAACAACAAGGCCUCCUCCAUCAGUCUGGACACCGAGUGGCUGCAGUGAAGGUUCAAACUAGGUUCUGUUUCACAAAAGUGGAGCUCCAAGAUAACAACUGAGCUAUGGGUACACACGAAGUUUAACAAGGAAGUGUUACAUGAGCUAGGAAGAAAGUUGGUAAAUCCUUAGCACCGGCAGCCAUGGCACAUGAGGGCUUGGAAGCAGUUCACUAGUUGUUUGGAUAGUAGAAGGACAAAGAACUUUCGCAUCUAGGACUCUAGCACUACUGCUGGCGCUGCCACGCCCUCCCGUCCUGAUUGCCCUCCCACCGCUAACCGCCACUGCAAAAUCAUUUGUCCCUCAAACCCUCCACUCAGAACCACGAUUUGAUGCGUCGCCUCGCCCGCCCAGCCUCCACCCUGCUCGGUAGGUCCGUGAGGAGUGGCCCCUGCACGCUUGCCACGGAUGCACAAGGACUGUUCGAAGAAAUGCCUCCACCUCCUGCUCCACCAAAACUGCCAUGCCACACACUGUUUGUCCAUGCCUGCCAGGUGCUCAGCCGAACACACACUUCAGGGUUUUGUACUGUGGCUCAGCGGUUCACGGAUGAGCACGCCAGUGCAGAGCCACUGCGAUUCACAGUCACGCCGGGCGAUGCCUUUGGGGAUGGCCCGCCUGUGGGCAUUUCAGAGGCUGCUAAGAUGGUGUGUCGUAUUGUGUCCACGCAACCAGAACCAAGGAUUGCGUCAACGCUUGAUGCACUUGGGGUGGCCAUGUCUCCAGAGCUGGUAGCUGAAGUGCUCAAGAACUUGAGCAAUGCUGGGAUGCUAGCACUUGCCUUCUUUCGCUGGGCAGAGAGGCAGGAGGGCUUCAGUUACACGGCUGAGGGCUUCCACAACCUGAUUGAGGCGCUCGGCAAGAUCAAGCAGUUCAAGCUGGUGUGGAGCUUGGUGGAGACCAUGCGGUGCCGGGGCUUGCUGUCUAAGGACACAUUCAAGCUCAUCGUCCGAAGGUAUGCUCGGGCUAGAAAGGUCAAAGAGGCUGUUGAGACAUUCGAGAAGAUGAGCAUUUUUGGGCUUAAAACUGAGUUGUCGGACUACAACUGGCUGAUUGACACGCUAAGCAAAUCCAAACAAGUGAAGAAGGCGCAAGCCAUCUAUAAGGAGAUGAAGAGGAAGGGUAAGUUUGUACCUGAUUUGAAAACCUACACUGUCCUCAUGGAAGGUUGGGGCCAUGAGAAAGAUCUGUUGAUGGUGAAAACAAUGUACCAAGAAAUGAUUGAUGCUGGCAUUAGGCCUGAUGUAGUUGCCUAUGGGAUGCUGAUUAGCGCCUUCUGCAAGUCUGGCAAAUGUGAUGAGGCCAUCAAGGUGUUCUACGAGAUGGAAGCAAGUGGUUGCAUGCCAAGUCCUCAUGUGUACUGCAUGCUUAUCAAUGGCCUUGGUUCGGAGGAGAGGCUUGAUGAAGCUUUAAAGUACUUUGAGCAGUACAAGAAAAGUGGGUUCCCCAUGGAGGUGCCUACGUGCAAUGCAGUAGUUGGAGCUUACUGCAGAGCCUCAAAGUUUGAGCAUGCUUUCAAGAUGGUUGAUGAGAUGAGGGAGUGUAAAAUUGGCCCAAAUUCCCGUACUUAUGAUGUAAUUCUUCAUUAUCUGAUAAAAUCACAGAAGUUUGAGGAGGCUUAUAAUGUAUUCCAGAGAAUGGGAAUGGACGGCUGUGAGCCUCAGCUCAAUACAUACACAAUGAUGGUUGGCAUGUUCUGUAGUAACGGAAGAGUUGAUAUGGCAUUGAAUGUGUGGAAGCAAAUGGGGGAGAGAGGUGUCCUCCCAUGUAUGCAUAUGUUUUCGGCAUUGAUCAAUGGGUUAUGCUUCGAGAACAGGCUCGAAGAAGCUUGUGUAUAUUUCCAGGAGAUGCUGGACAAAGGAAUUAGGCCACCUGGUCAGCUUUUCAGUAAUUUGAAGGAAGCUCUUGUUGAAGGAGGGAGAAUAAGUUUGGCACAAGAGAUGGCCUCGAAAUUGGACGCAAUAAGGAAAACACCUUUUCGGGGUUAAGAGAUGCGUUUGUUCAUAAAAAAUUACCCAAUCAGAAUAUUUGGGCAUACCAAUAGCUACAGCAAUGGACAAAAGCAAUGUGUACUUCAGAUCACAAAAACAAAAUUUUGGCUAUGAACUAAAUAGUCUUUGUAUGAAAACUUGAUGAACUCAAUAUAAGAUGCUUGUAUUCGUGAGUUUACCAGAGAGA